CGAGCCGACCCACGCUGACGUCAGCGGCACGUAAAUGCGCUGUCUCGCGGCUGCCUCGCUCUUUUACCUCUCCCGUUCCGUUAGGGCGACAAAGGCCUGAACCUCCGUCGGCGGAAGACUUCUCUCCCUAACUCCACAAUGAUCAUCUACAAGUGCAUCAUCACCGAUGAUGAGAUGUUCUCGGACAUCUACAAAAUCACCGAGUCUAAAGACGGGAUCUUCUACGAAGUGGAAGGAAAGACGAUCACCAGGACAGAAGGGUUUGACGAGUCUUUAAUUUCGGCCAACGCCUCUGCUGAAGAUGCGGUCGAGGGCACCGACGAGUCCGCGGUCUCCGGCGUAGACAUCGUCCUCAACCACAAGCUGCAGGAGACGGGCUUCGACAAGAAGGGUUACGUCUCCUACAUGAAAGACUACAUGAAGGCCAUUAAGGCUCACCUAGAAGAGAACAACCCAGAGAGAGUGGAGAAGUUCAUGGCUGACGUCGCACCAGCAUUUAAGGGUAUCGUUGGAAAGUUCAAGGAUUACCAGUUUUUCACCGGGGAGAGCAUGAACCCAGACGGCGCGGUGGGACUGCUGAACUACCGUGAGGAUGGCAUCACACCAUACAUGCUUUUCUUCAAAGACGGUCUGAUGGCUGAGAAAUGUUAACUAUCUGGAACUACAUUUGCUUUUCAAUUGGCUGCUGCUUCUCAAAUGGCCCCAAGAGCAGACUGAAAGGAGCACUAUUUUGCAUCAUGCCUGAAAGGAAACCUUCUUCUACAGUUUCUUGUAUAUUCCCAUUAUGGCCCACAGCACCAACUCCCAAAGCUGGGUGAAUCAAACAUGAUUGGUCACUGAAUACAGUUUUUAAACUUUUGGCUUUUGCAGUGUUUGACUUUUGUCCCAGGAUUUGGCCCGGUUGUUGGGAUUGAAAACUAGUCAGGACUGUGACUGAGGCCACCGACUGAAAAGUUUUUUUCUUCUUCUUCUUGUGUCUACUGUUUUAGCAGUGAUCCAUACAAGUUGACCUCUGACCUCUUUGUUUAAAUAUGAUUCCAUCUACAAUGACAAGACCUCCGGUUUAAUUUCAAAAUAAAAUCUAGUACCACCA